AUGAAAGGAUCUGAGGCGGAAAAGGAAAAAAUCACUCUCUCAAUUUCAGAUGUCUUGCAGUUCUUCAAGAAAUAUCUGACAGAGUUUGAGCAGGAGGAAAUCAAGGGCUACAAAAAGGUUUGGUACCUGGGCCAAAAAGCCAAGAAGAUCCAGGGAUCAAAGUCCUUAUCCUUUAACUCUGGAUAUGAUACAGAGAAUGGAUACUACAGAAUGGUCAUCAAAGACCACAUCGCCUACCGCUUUGAGGUGCUGGAGGAGAUUGGUCGAGGCGCCUACGGCCAGGUCUUCAAAUGCCGUGAUCACAAGACGAUGGAGCUUGUGGCCAUCAAGGUCAUUCGAAACGAUAAGAGUAUCCAUAAUGAGGCCAUGGCCGAGGUGAAGAUCUUAGAUGCACUGUCGAAGAAAGACAAGAAGAACACGGCCAACAUCCUCCAUAUGAAGGAGCACUUUUACUUUCGCAACCACCUUUGCAUCACCUUUGAACUCCUGGGAAAAGACUUGUACACAGUGAUGAAGGAGAACAACCUUCAAGGCUUCAGCCUCUCUCAGGUGCAGCACUUUGCAAAAGACCUGCUCGCAUGCCUGCAGCUGCUCAGGAAGGAGGGGAUCAUCCACUGUGACCUAAAACCGGAGAACAUCCUGAUGUCAGACAAAAACCACAAUCACGUCAAGGUGAUUGACUUUGGAGCAAGCUGCUUUGAAGAAAAGAAAAGACAGAAAUGCAUACAGACGCGGCUGUACAUGUCUCCAGAGAUGCUUCUGGCAAAAGGGUACAGCUUUCCCAUCGACAUGUGGAGCCUGGGCUGCAUCUUGGCUGAGCUCCACACCGGCAGCCCUCUCUUUGAUGGCGAUAACUGGAAUGACCAGUUCGGCUGCAUCAUGGAGGUGCUGGGUGAGCCUCCCAUGGAGCUUCUGCGGGGAGCGCGCCUGUUGGAGAGGUUUUACGACUCUCAAGGCUUCCUCAAAAAAAUAGUGAACAACAACGGCGCUGUGCGACAGCCUGGCAGUAAGAACCUGGCCAGCCUGUUGAAGACAACGGACGCUAACUUCCUGGAUUUCAUUCAGCGCUGCCUGCGAUUUAAACCAGAGGAGCGCAUGACACCAGAGGAAGCCAUGCAGCAUGCAUGGAUUCAGGGGCAGCUCCACACCCGAAAAUCCACACCCAAACCCUGUGCUGCAGACAACACAGCAUCAGCUGGCACAGCACACAUGUACAGAAAGGAGGGCAGUCUUCUGAAAAGAGAAAAAAUGCCACCUGUGAGGCUGACAUUCAUCAAAGAGAGUGUAACCGAGGUCAUGGCCAAGAUCUCCACAGUAGGGAAGGAAAGACACCCCAUUCAACGUGAGGGGAGCAGAAAGGCCAAGGAGAGACCAGGGGCCAAUGGAGGAGACAGGGGAAAUAAAAUCAGGGGGGCGGGGGGUGUGGCGGGGGGCGCGUGGGAGGGAGUGGGAGGACAGGAAGGAGGAGAGAGGAUGAUGAGGAGGUCUUGCAUGGUCCUGCGGCUCCGGCACCUUCCCCAGCCUUAUCUCUCUUAG